GUGUCGCCGGUGCAGCAGCAAAGUCGAUUCGAGUCAAGUCAACUCGCACCUGCUCGUGAAAGCCCGAGAAAUACACGUAGCCGUGAAAACGGCUCAGAUUAAACUGUGAUUAUUUACUACGAGAAAUUGAAUCAAUUAAUAUAAGGUUAAACAGCAUAUAGUAGAUAUAAGAAUGGCCGAUACUGCGAGCAAUGGCUCAGGCGACAGGACUGCGACGACAGAAAAGGGGUGGGAAAAUUUGAAACAGCAUGUUAUUGAUAACAAAAUAUCGGUCGGACUAUGGGCUACAAGAGUAUUGACCAUACUUUUCACAGUGGGCUACAUUAUUCCAAUUUUUGGAAAUCCUUACAACGCUUAUUACAAGAUCUUGAUGUGCAACGCAGCGACCAGCGCUCUUAGACUUCAUCAAAGACUUCCACGAGUACAAUUUAGCAGAGAAUUCUGGACACUUCUGGUUCUGGAGGAUUCGUGUCACAAUUUAUUCUACUCAUUAAUAUUUCUGUACGUUGCUCCAGCUUCACUCGUGAUUGCUCCUGUUUUACUCUUCGCUGUUUUGCAUUCGGCGAGUUAUUCGCUGACUUUGUUGGAUUGUCUAGGACAAAACAGCUGGUGGGGAGCACGCUUACUGAUCUCUUUAGUAGAAUUCCAAUCUCGGAACAUACUUAGACUGUGUGCAAUCUGUGAAGCCCUCCUUCUACCGUAUACGAUACUACUGAUCCUCAACGGACGAGCCGGAUUACUGACGCCCUUCAUCUAUUAUCAAUUUCUGGCCUUACGUUUGUCUUCGAGACGCAAUCCAUUCACUCGCAAUCUGUUCCAUGAGAUUAGUAAUUCUUUGUCGGCCAUUUCAAACAAGCCGGGUACACCAGCUAUAUUGAAACGAGCGAUCACAUUUGUCAUAGGGCUAAUACAACACAUGUCUCGCGUUCCCUAGUAAUAUCAUUUGUUAUUUAAUUCUACGUAUUCGUUGUUUUUCCAUUCUGAAUAAUAACAGAUUUUUUUUUCUUGCAUAAUCCAAAUGGGGAUACCUUUGGAUGUUCGAUAAUGUUCAAAAAUCGAACAAUUAAUAUAUUAAGAAGCUUCUGAAGAGGAUGGUUGUCAGACUUUGGAACCGAAUUUAAAAUAUUGUUUCAAAAUGAAUUUCAUAUUAACCAGUAUAAUUGUUAUGAUCCUCCCACCCCCAUUUUAUAAAUAAAAAGAAAAAAUCUUAUUUUUCAUGAAUCCUAUUCGAUAUCGGAAAGUAUUUAACCGACGGCUAUAGAUUGGCUGAUAUAAGAAACCGCCUCUUCGGUACACCCUGCAAAAGUUUGAACGAUAGAUUUUGAAGAUCUUGACAGCAAAUCAUGAUGCUUUUGCAAUUUUUGUUUUGUUACUCAUUAACGACUACUUAUCUAUUAAAACUUAGCACAGAAUGUUUGCUACGACGAUUUGUCACAAUUUUCUCAAUUAAUUCUCAGAUUUUCAACGGUUCUAGAUGUAUUAAUGUGUUAAUAUUAAACUUAACAAUCAUAAUUAUCGAAAGAAGGAAAUGAAAGCCAACCAUAACGACCAACAUUCAAUAUCAUUAUAAGAUUGUAGUGAAGGAAACUGCAUGCAGAGCAAAGUUGUGCAAAGUAUUUACUGCUCUUACACGAUGCACGAGCAACAAUGCUAUUCUUUUAAAUUAUUCCGGAGUGUUUACAAGAGUAUGACUAAAUCCAUUUGAAAUAUUGAUUCAUUACUCUGAGCAUUUCAAUGUAAAAUAUGUCUUCGCCCAAUGCUCCUCUUCUCUCCUCAAAGAACAAAAAAAAUUUCGCAAUGUGUACUAAACGAAAGAGUAUGCUCAUUCACAAGAAUCACCAAAACGUGCAUUGUUUAAGUUCUGAUGAUCUGAACAGUACACAGUUCUAUAAUUUUUUUACCACUGAUUAUCGUGACUAACAUAUCGUUGGUGAUUUGGAUAAAUGUUUAACAACAUCUAGCAAUUUAUUUUUAGAAUAUGAAACUGUGCCUCACUGAGAAUGUCAACAGAAUAAAAAUUUCAUACUGUGCGUAGUUUAGUUUCAUAAUAUUUGGGAUCACUUUUCCAAACACGGAGUAAAAAAUGAAGAUAAAAUUAGAUGUACAGGCAAUUUAAGCUUAUUCGAAAUUUGUCUUAUUUCAAAUAUUCGGUUGAAUUAUGCUUAAGAAGUAUUACCCGAAAUUUUAGAUUUAUAGUUAUGUGGAAUUCACGUAUCACUGUAAUAAUCAAUACCAAUUUACUACUGUGCAAGUGUAAGCAUAAUAAAAUUGCUGCUAGAUGCAAAGGCAUGAUAAUUAACACUUUUGCAUUCUAUCGAUAAUUCGAUAUUAGUUAGUGUCUUGUUACAUAUUGAUAUUUGUAUGUAUAUUAUGAUUAUUCAAUUUAUCUUGUGGUCGCUGGAUAUUAUACCAUAAAUUUGUUUUUUUAAAUCGGU